UUUUUGCAUCUAAGAAAAAUAGGAAUCAAUUUCUUUUUCUUUCAUCUACUUAUAUUAAACUAAAUAUUCAUUUAAACCUCUUUUCAUAAUGUCUGGCGGAAUGCAUGGUAUUCGUAAGCUAGCGGAUAAGCUAUUCACACCCAACGAAAUUCGUCGUUUCCAGGCGUACAAGAAUCGAUUUAGUGAAAAGUACCUGAGCGUGGAGGGCUUGAAGACCAAUUUCAAGAGCCCUGAUUUGGGGAAGCUUUUCAAUUAUCGCAUGUUUUCAUCAAACAAAGAAGAGUGUCAUGAGGAGCCAAAAGCUAAGCCAAAGUGUGACCCCGAUUGGGAUGAACUUUAUCCGCCAGGUCCGCCAUAUGAGCCCUACGAUUCGGGUUUCUGGUAUCCAGAUCCCGAGUUUUACAAAGAAAGGGAAAAUGUGGUCAUGUGGCCAGCCGGCGAUAAGUGGAAACGCCGUCCGAUUUACAAGGGCAAACAGAAUCCUCCCGUGGAUCGCACUUUUCGCACUAAAUUCAUCAAUUUUGGACCUGCCCAUCCGGCUGCCCAUGGAGUAUUGCGCAUGAUUCUCGAAUUGGAUAAUGAAACGGUGCUAAAUGCCGAUCCACACAUUGGUUUAUUGCAUCGCGGCACCGAAAAACUGAUCGAAUACAAGACUUAUAUGCAGGCCUUGCCAUAUUUCGAUCGUUUGGAUUAUGUUUCCUGCAUGGCCAAUGAAUUGGCCUACGCUUUGGCCGUGGAGAAAUUGUUGAAUGUGGAAGUGCCUCGCAGGGCCAAGUAUAUACGCACCAUGUUCUCGGAGAUAAUGAGGCUCACAAAUCACACCAUGGCCAUAGCUUCAUCGGUACUCGAUUGCGGUGCCAUAACUCCGCUUUUUUGGCUUUUCGAAGAGCGAGAAAAGUUAUAUGAAUUUUCGGAACGUGCCUCGGGAGCUCGCCUCCAUGCUGCCUACAUGCGCCCGGGGGGCGUGGCCUCUGAUAUACCCUUGGGCUUCCUCAAUGACCUUUAUCAGUUUAUUAAUCAAUUUAGCGAUCGAUUGGAUGAGGUUGAGGAUGUUGUCACCGACAAUCGCAUCUGGCGUAUGCGUAAUAUUGGCAUUGGCACAAUAUCCGCCCAUGAUGCGUUGAACUAUGGAUGCACUGGACCGGUUUUGAGGGCCACUGGCGUCAAAUGGGAUCUACGUAAGCAGCAGCCAUAUGACGCCUACGAUGAGAUUGACUUUAAUGUGGCUGUUGGAUCAAAUGGCGACUGCUACGAUCGUUACUUGGUGAGAAUGCGUGAGAUGCGUGAAUCGGUGGGCAUCAUCAAGCAAUGCAUCGAUUGCAUGCCCCCGGGUGAAAUAAAGGUGGAUGAUCUUAAGAUCUGUCCUCCACCAAGGCGCAAAAUGAAGGAGGGCAUGGAGGAUCUAAUCCAUCAUUUCAAGCAUUUUUCACAGGGCUUCUACGUUCCACCGGGAGCCACGUACACCGCCGUCGAGUCACCAAAGGGAGAAUUUGGCGUAUAUCUCAUCUCCGAUGGUUCAACGCGACCAUAUCGCUGCAAGAUACGUCCAGCCUCCUAUGCCCACCUCGCCCUCAUGUCCAAAAUGGCACCAGCACACUUUUUAGCCGAUGUUGUGGCCAUUAUCGGAUCGCUGGAUAUUGUAUUUGGCGAAAUCGAUCGUUAGCAAGGGGUUGCAAUUAAAAUAAUUUUGAAUGUAAAUCUUGUAUCAAUAUAAACAUUAAAAAUCCAAGAGCCGACUAGAAACAACA